GAGCCAGGGCCAGAGCUGUGUCCUGCCAGCUCCCUGACGCACCAUGGCUCCUCACCUCCUGCUCCUGCUGCUGCUGGCUGUCCUCGGCCUCCGCUGCCCCCAGGGCUCUGAUGCUGCGGCUGACUGCUGCCUGACUAUCAGCUCAAAGCACAUCCCACCCCGGAUCGUGACGUCCUACCGCAUCCAGACCCCCGAGUCCGGCUGCCGUCUCCGGGCUAUAGUGUUCAUCACCAAGCAGGGCUUGAAGCUGUGCGCCUCUCCACACGCGCCCUGGGUCCCUGGCCUGAUGAAGAAGCUGGACAAGAAAUUGCAACCCCCUCACAAGCCCCAGAAGCAGAAAAGGGGGCCCAAGCCCCAGAAGCAGGUCCGGGUGUAAGAGGAUGCUUCCCCCUGCCCCACGGAGCUAGGCCAGCUGCAAACAUCUGUGACCUGUGCCACUGCCUAAUCUCUGUCUGCCCCGCGCUGCGUCUGCAUCUCCCGCUGCACCCUGAAGCCUCCUGCACCUGCCUCUGGGGCUGCGGCUGCAAUCUCCUGUUUGAAGCCCCCAGACCCUCUGUCUUGCACACCCAGGAUGGAGACAGCGCCGCUGGGGCACGGGCAUCCCUGGUCCGGCUUAACGGCAUCUGACCCGGGCAGGACAGGUCCCAAUCCCUGCAGAAAUGCCCCAGGGAAGGCUAAGACCCCCGACCUGUGGUGGGGUCUGUGGGUGCAGGGUCCCCUUCCCAUGCCCUGCCCAACCCAGCAUGGGUCCGUGCCCAUUCGGGCCCCGGGGGAAGCUGCCACAUGAGCCCAGCCACGAUGAGCUGAGCCUGCUCCCGGCGCCCGGCACCCAGGGGCGUCGUGUUUCUGUGGCCAGCUCCAUCCCGGCCAGGGCCCCACAGCUCAUCCCCAGCUCCAUGCACCGUGGGGAGACACCAGCCCCGGGCCAGGGGACCAGGCCCUGCCGCACUCUGAGCCAUGGCCGUCAGAGCCGGGGGCCGGGACCAGGCCUGUCCGUGCGGCUCCCAGCACCAAACACCUCCUCGCUCCCUCGCACCUGGGUCCUGAGUCACCCGGGGAUGUUUGCAAACCUACUCAGAAACUGUGAAGCUGCUGCCGUGGCCCCGAGCUCCCUGGAGCCACCUGCCGUGGCCUGGCCCGUGCUCUGCCCACGGGGUUCAGCCAAUAAACGUGUUAUUCAAACCA